AUGUCGUUAUCUAUACUAAAAUUGAGCAAACUUGAUGAUUACCAGGAACGAAUGAACAAGGGGGAACGUCUGAAUCAAGAUCAAUUGGAUGCAGUGUCAAAAUACCAGGAAGUGACAAACAAUCUGGAAUUUGCUAAAGAACUGCAGAGGAGUUUUAUGGCUCUGAGCCAAGACAUCCAGAAAACAAUAAAAAAGACAGCUCGCAGGGAGCAACUGAUGAGAGAAGAAGCUGAGCAGAAGCGUUUGAAGACUGUACUAGAGCUACAGUUUAUUUUGGAAAAGUUGGGUGAUGAUGAAGUGCGCAAUGACUUGAAACAAGGAUCAAAUGGAGUACCAGUACUGACAGAGGAGGAACUGACAAUGUUGGAUGAGUUUUACAAGCUGGUUUGCCCUGAACGAGACAUGAACAUGAGGUUGAAUGAGCAGUAUGAGCAAGCAUCUGUUCACCUGUGGGACUUACUGGAAGGGAAGGAAAAACCAGUUUGUGGAACAACCUAUAAAGCGCUAAAGGAGAUGGUUGAACGUAUUCUUCAAACUAGUUACUUCGAUAGCACCCAUAACCAUCAGAACGGAUUAUGUGAGGAAGAAGAGGCAGCCCCCGCACCUGCAGUAGAAGAUGCUGUAGCAGAGGCUGAACCUGAUCCAGUGGAAGAAUUUACUGAACCAACUGAAGUUGAAUCAACUGAGUAUGUAAACAGACAAUUCAUGGCAGAGACUCAGUUCAGCAGUAGUGAGAAGGAACAGGUAGAUGAGUGGACAGUUGAAACGGUUGAGGUUGUAAAUUCACUGCAGCAACAGACACAAGCUACAUCUCCUCCAGUUCCUGAACCUCACACACUCACUACCGUGGCUCAAGCAGAUCCUCUUGUUAGAAGACAGCGAGUACAGGACCUUAUGGCACAGAUGCAGGGCCCGUAUAACUUCAUGCAGGACUCUAUGCUGGAGUUUGAGAACCAAACACUUGAUCCUGCCAUCGUCUCUGCACAGCCCAUGAAUCCAGCACAGAAUUUGGACAUGCCACAAAUGGUUUGCCCUCCAGUUCAUGCUGAGUCAAGACUUGCCCAGCCCAAUCAAGUUCCUGUGCAACCAGAAGCUACACAGGUUCCCUUGGUUUCUUCUACAAGUGAGGGAUAUACAGCCUCCCAACCCAUGUAUCAGUCUUCUCACACAGCAGAGCAGCGGCCACAGAAAGAAUCCAUUGACCAGAUUCAGGCUUCAAUGUCACUGAAUGCAGACCAGACCCCGUCAUCAUCAUCACUUCCCACUGCAUCCCAGCCGCAGGUAUUCCAGGCUGGAUCUAGCAAACCUUUACAUAGCAGCGGAAUCAACGUUAAUGCAGCUCCAUUCCAAUCCAUGCAAACGGUAUUCAACAUGAAUGCACCUGUUCCUCCUGUUAAUGAGCCAGAAACCCUUAAGCAGCAAAAUCAGUACCAGGCCAGUUACAACCAGAGUUUCUCCAGUCAGCCUCACCAAGUAGAACAAUCAGAUCUCCAGCAGGAACAACUCCAGACAGUGGUUGGUACUUACCAUGGCUCCCCAGACCAGGCCCAUCAAGUGGCGGGUAACCACCAGCAACCUCCCCAGCAGAAUACUGGAUUUCCACGUAACAGUCAGCCUUAUUAUAACAGUCGAGGAGUGUCUCGUGGUGGAUCACGUGGAGCUCGUGGCUUAAUGAAUGGUUAUAGGGGACCGGCAAAUGGAUUUAGAGGAGGAUAUGAUGGCUACCGUCCUUCCUUUUCCAACGCUCCAAACAGUGGUUACACACAGCCCCAGUUUAAUGCUCCUCGGGAUUAUUCAAACUACCAACGGGAUGGAUAUCAACAGAAUUUCAAACGUGGCUCUGGACAAAGUGGACCUCGGGGAGCUCCUAGAGGUCGUGGAGGGCCCCCAAGACCAAACAGAGGGAUGCCUCAAAUGAAUGCUCAGCAAGUGAAUUAAAACAAAUUCACAGGAUUGCAUUAAACGCCAAAAACACACUGGCCAGUGUACUAUACAUGUUACCAGAAGAGUUAUUAUCUAUUUGUUCUCCCUUACAGGAAGUUUGUUGUAAAGGGACUAUUUUCAUUACCCAUAAUGACAGGACUACAGUUGCCAGCUUUAUAUUACCUGGAUAUGGAAAGGAACGAAACGACGUUUACUCUGCAUGUUCUCUCCUAAGCAUCAUCUUGAGCCUUGCACAUGAGAUUCAGAUUCCUCACCCUUGCUAAGAGUAAAGAAAAAAAAGCAAUUUUCAGGGUGAUCCUAUCUCUCCAUGGUUUAAUGAAGUGGCAGGAAAAAGCAAAGACUCACUUCUGACUUUUAAAAGUGAUGUAACAAAUUUGGAUAAAAUCUGCAAAUUCGUUCAGAUUUACUGUGAUGGCAGUUGACAAAACCUAAUGUUCCCUUGAAAGGAUGGAAAAGGUGAAGUGUGGCUUGGUAGAGCAACUGCAUUUCAGCUUUUUCUUACUAAAUUGAAGCACUGAACAGUUAAAGAUGCGUAGUGAUGCAUAUUUCCCUAAAUAGACAAAUAGGCUUAUAGCCAGUUUUUGACAAAGAAGCAGCACCCUUAGCUACAGCACUCCUCAUCACCAGGGCCCUGUUUACUGUGGCUAAGGAUUUAAAAUCGCUUGCAUAACUGCUAAUGUAAUUGUGGGUUUUUUUUAAAAAAAAAAAAGAAAAAAUAAAAA